AGUAUCCAAGAUAAUUAAUUGUUUACUUUUGCUACAGCUACAGUACUUAGCAUUAUUCUCCUCAAACUUGACCUUUUUCGAUAUAAAACCUCCACUUCCCUUUGUUGUCCACACUCCCCUCACUCCCCCCAACCAGCAGGUGAGAUUCAGGACAGAGGACGACAAGCCGCUGGCCAUCUUCCAGGUUAGAUCGGAGCCCAUGCCGCAUGCUAUCGACCAGAAGUUUCGCUUUUACAAGCCAGAGCUGUCCUUCCUGAAGAAGGCCCUGCGCCUAACCCCCUGGGAAAGAACACCAGUUGGAGACACAGAUGCUGGGUCUCAGUUCUUGGUGGGCUGCAGUGACACCAAUGUCAUCUUUGAAGCAACAAUGUUGGUGGACCCAACCUGUAGGUGCGUGUGUGUGUCCAUUCUAGGCAGGCAGCCACUUCUGCUACCUCACCAUGGUGGACAUGGAGCAACAAACGCUGGUGGCCUCCUGGCUUCUCAGCUUCACUUGUCGUCUUCCCUUCCUGUCCAAGGCCUUUGAAGUGUGCGCCCUGGUGGAAGGGGGCAGGGAAGAUCACCUACACCUACAACAACCCCUACCCCACCAGCCAUGUCCUCCAGCUGUUUUCCUCGCAAGGUGCCAAAUAAAUGUCACUUAAGGGCCCCAAAAGGCUAGGGCCGGCUCAGACUGCACUUGUGGAUAUGGAUGUGGGUAUGCAGACCCGGCCCUUCAUGAUGAGUUCUGUUUUUUUGUGGGCCCCACCUCCAUCAAAGUUGCCUAUCCCUGCAGUAAAAAAUAGGAAAAAUCCGGACUGACACAGGAAGGGACUACCUUUACUUUGUCCAAUAAGAAGAGCUCAUUUUAAUUUACUGUUGCAAAGUUUAAAAACGGUUUCCAUUCCGUGCCCUAAUAAAUACAAUUUGCUAACCACACUCAAUCUCUUGCUGGGAGAGACCAGUGAGGGACACUAACACGUUGUUUGUUUUGUAUGACGUAAUAUGAAUAAUUUAACACGUCCACUAUACUGUAGCUGUUAAUUUAUUUUUCUGUUCCGCCAUUAGCCCCUGUGUCUAGUAGGAGAUUCAUUGACUCCAUAAACAGGUCAUAAACAUCUCAACAUAAACAAGUUGUCUCGAAAUCAUUAGCAAUCAACGGUGUAAAUGGAAAUAGAAUCAGUCCGUUUCAAUGAACGGGCUGUCUAUAUAAAAUGAACUCCUAAAAAACUGUUUAUGUUUCAAUCACUUGCCUGCACAGGAUACUUAACCAAAUAGUGAGGGAAAGAGGGAGAGACGGGUGCGAGAAAAAUAACCAACUGUGUUUUCCUUUUAGCCAGCAUAGCUUCAGGUGCAAUUCUUCUAAACAGUUUAUGGGGUCUAUAUCUUAAAAAAAUGUAAUAGAGUCGUUUGCCUUCCCCCAAGAAGUAACUACCCUGCCACAAUAAAAACAAAAAAACAGAGCAAGGAUCGAUAUAUAGUUUUCUGGAAAUUACUGAAUAAAUCUUACACAUUUGGAGGGAGAAAACAACAAAACAAAGGCCUUGUCUUUUCAAGAGUUUAAAUAAGGUGGGAACACCAGGAGCUUUUGUUGAAAACAAUUUCCCUUUUUUACAUAAUUAUAUCAUUUCCUAUAAUUAGUCAUUUACAACGGCAUAUUUAUUGUUGUUGCAUUGCACACAUCCCUAAUAGAUGUUGUGUGUUGUAAUUUCAGUCAAACGUCACGGUGUGAAUAUUGCCUGAGGACUGUAAAUGCAGUACUAGUACACUGGUGAAAUACACCUAAAAACACAUCACAUAUAUUAUGGGAUAUUAGGUUAAUAACAGAAGAGCUGUGUCCAUGGUCUGUUCAUCUGUUCAGUAGGACACUACGUCGCAAAACAUUUUGCAAUGGAACACAAAAGCCUGUGAUCUCAUUGGACAAGUUCAGGUGGAACCUCCCCGACUGAACAGACUGCAACAGUGGGCCUGUGGGUUGAACCUGGGUGGUAUUCCUUAUGUCACCUGACAAGUUCAGGUAAUCCCUCCCGAUUUCUGUCUGUUUAACUUCUGUUUGGUACCUAAUGAAAUGCACCUGAAAGCACAGCAAACUCAACUCAACUGGACACAUUAGCUACUACUACAACUACAGAACAAAAUGGUUUGCUAAGAAUGUCAGCUCAACGAAGUACACUUCUACUAUUGUAUAAAAUUCAACACUUUGCUACUUAUGACAGAAAGCUCAAUGCAGUACUCUUUACAGACAUGAUGGCUUGAUACAUACACUCAGUUUAUUAGGUACACCCAUCUUGUUCCAGGUCGGACCCCUUUUGCCUCCAGAACAGACUGAAUUCUUUGGGGCAUGGAAACGUUGCUCAAUUGGUUUCAAGGGCAAUGUUCCCUCAAGCCUAUAUUAGCCGGUGGUGUUCAAUGCAGGUGACUUUUUACAUUAUGAAGGGCUCAACAUUAACUGAUGAUUAACAUUGUUUUGGUCUGUAACACCAUGGGCCAAAUAAGGGACUGUAAAUUGCAUUGUAUUGUAUUUUAUGAUGCAAGAAACCACCUUGCAAAAUAAAUGUUUUAUUAUUACCAGAGACAAUUAAACAAUGUAG